AUUUAGGAAACCAACAAGACUCGGCAAAAUAUGUUAUGGAAAGAUUCAAGAUAACAGAGGAUGGGAGUCCCUCAAUGUAAGGCACUCAUCCAACCACUAUAUAUGUAGGAAUUUUGGUUUGCUAAGCCAUUGUGCUGUAUUAGAGGGGCCAGUAAGGUGAGAGUGCCUGCUCAUCAGAAGGUUGCUGUUAUCAGCUCUUACAAACACCUGGACUUUCUCACACCAAGGCUGGCAAAAGUGUGGCAGUUCACUGGCUGACAUAUCCAUGAACCCAGCUCUUUGGUGACCAUCAUGAAGGACUCUCUGCUAUGGUGGGUCUGUGUAGUCCUGGUGGCCACCCUGCAGCUCACUGUGAAGGGCCAAGAAUUCCUGAGUGAGGACGAAGUAGAAGUGGAGGAAGUAGUAGCAGAGGAUGAUAAUGAGGGCGCCGCUGGUGAUGGGGAUGACCCUCCACUGGACAACAUGGAUGAUGUGCUGGAGGAGGACAACCUCUGCUCCAGGUAUUCUCCCAAGGAAGUGUUUCACACUGUUGUCAAUCCUCACCUUUUCAAAAUAUUUGAUGAGAUGAGCACCUUUGUGGAUGCCUCGCUGAUGCACAUUGAGGCCGCUCUGCACACUCUAAUGACUCAUGUGGAUCAGUCCCCCAUAGGAAGGCUGAGAGUCGAGAAUCUCUUUAGUGAGGUGCGAACCUUCAUGUUUGGCACCAUGAGGGAUGCAUAUGAUGUGAUGAGGCAGGCGUGGCGAGACCUGAUAACCACCCAUGUCCAAAAGCCUGCCUCGCCCCAAGACACACUGGAAGCUCUUGCGCAUGUUGUAGAGACCCAAAGCCAGGUGGAGAUGCAGCUGAUGGCAAGUCUCCAGGAGUUAAUAAUCACGCUCAAGGCAGUAGUCUACAACAGUAUACAUGUUAUACAGACAUCUCUCAAUCUCUCCAACAACACUGAUGGCCACGAGACUGCUGUGGCCAUCAGCCGGAAACUGCCCAAGAUUGCACCAAACUUCCUGGGCACACUGAUAUCCAAGGUACUGUUGCGAGGCAGUGACCCUUCUGGCUAUGGAAAGGCCGACACCAACCCUCUAAGAUCUGUUACUCCACUUGUUGAAAAGAUCCAUGCAGAGUUAAAGGCAAUUAUUGAUGAGAGAGCAGGCACUGAGGGAAGAGACCAGGAGGAGGAGGAGGAGGAAGUCAUGGAGGCAUUCUGGGAGGCUGCCAUGAUGGCCUCCCAUGCCCACCUGCAGGAGUGGCCGCUGCUGGAGGAGGACCUGGAGUUUUAUUACACCAAUGAGGAGUACUUGUCCGAGCUGCUCCUUCAGUUAAUGGCCACUUAUUAAUUAUUGGACACACACACACAAAAAAAAAUCAACAUUGUUUCUGGAUCAAAUGGCGGGUAGCACCUUAGAAUCUUUAAGAAUAACAUGUAAUUUGUCUCCUGAACAAAAUUAAUUCUGUCAACUUUGUCAGUGGCACAAGGAAAUAUAGCAAAUUAACAAAUACUCACUUCACUGAGGUAAUAUGAAUGUUUGAAGAUGUCCAUUCAACAUUUUGUUAUGUAUGUGCAUGUGAAGGCUCAGGUACCCUUUGUUAGCUGCCUCUCUAUUAAAAAGAGAGCUGACACGGAUGAAAAUUGUAACUGUACACUGUAAGAGACACGCUACCGUAAAAAUACAUUGGUAUGGAUAUCAUAUCUCUGAAA